GUUUGGUUUGCAAAUAGCACAUAAACAAUUUACAAUCGGUGAAAAUCCAAAUCCAGACGCGUUAAAGGCUUUCAAACUCGCUUUCCCUGUAUAUCAGAAACCCUAGAGGGACUUUUUGUUGACAAUUCAGUUGCGUUUAGCUUAGAAGACAGGGAAACAAAAGCAGGAGCUGCUAGCAAUGAAGAGAAAGGCAAAACACAUAGAAGAAGAAGAGAGCAUGAAGUGCAACAAUAACAAUGGUGGAGUGGCAUGGUCAAGAGGGCCACUUAUUGGCAGAGGAGGGUUUGGAUCAGUUUAUUUAGCAAGUUUAAAGAACCCCAAAUCAAGAAACGGCUAUUAUCCUCCAGUUAUGGCUGUCAAGUCCGCAGAGGUCUCUGCUUCUUGCUCACUUCAAAAGGAGAAAGAGGUAUUUAACUGUCUCAAUGGAUGCCCUUUCAUCAUCAAGUGUUUUGGUGAAGAAACUACUAGUAAUAAAGAUGGCGAGAUGUUUUAUAAUGUGUUGUUAGAGUAUGCAUCAGGAGGGAACUUAGCUUGUCUUAUCAAGAAAUCCGAUGGUGUUGGUUUGCCUGAAUUGGAUGUGAAAAGACACACAAGGUCUAUUCUUGAAGGGAUUUGUUAUAUUCAUAGUCGUGGUUAUGUGCAUUGUGACCUCAAGCCUGAGAAUAUACUGCUUGUUUCCAAUAGUGCGAAGGCAGGUGAAUUUGUGGCAAAGGUUGGGGAUUUUGGGUUGGCGAAGAAAUCAGAGAAGAGGAACAAGAAAAUGAAAAUUGACCCUUAUUUAAGAGGGACUGCUUUGUACAUGGCUCCAGAGACCGUGGCUAAUCAUGUUCAAGAGCCUCCUUGCGACAUUUGGGCUCUUGGUUGUGUCGUUCUUGAGAUGCUUACCGGGAAGCCAGCUUGGGAUUUGAAACCUCAUGUUACUACUGAAGAACUUCUGAGGAAGAUUGGUGAUGGAUAUGAAUUGCCUAAAAUUCCUUCUCAGAUUUCGAAGGACGCUAAGGAUUUCUUGAAAAGGUGUUUUGUGGCCAACCCAAUGUUCAGGUUUACUGCUGAGAUGUUGCUGGAUGAACCUUUUGUGUCAGGAGUGGAUUUAGAUGGCGUUGAAUUUGUGGAGACUUUGGAUGCUGAAAGUGUGGAAUGGACUGUCACAUUAUGCGGGACAGAUGAUGAAUUUAGUGAUCCCUCAGUUUAUGAAGAGUGGAGCUUCACAUCAGAUGAGGGUUCAUGUUUCUCUCCUUGGUCUGAUGAUGAAGAGGGCAUUACCAGUGAUGUUGAUGCAAUGAAGCAUGCAUCAAGGGUUGAAGCAAACGCAGUGCAGUAUCCAGCAACCUGCACUAUUACUACUGGUGCAUAAAAGUGAAUUAAUUGCAGACUUUUCAGUCAAACAUGUCUAGGUUGACAUUCUUUGUUGAGAAUUCUUUCAUUUUUUCUGCAUAUUGCAGUAGAUCACAAGAUAAUUUUGUUCUUGUAAUCAAUGAUUCAUUGAUUUUAGUCAGCAACAUGGAUAGAAGAACAGUGUUUGUUAUUGAUUGAUAUCUUUCUUUAUUGAGUAUUAUUUUUAA